UCUCAAGAAACAACGCAAAACAGGCUCCGAAUUCUGAAAGCGGUCUCCGGGUCAGCCCGAGACUCCCCGCUGUCUGCCGAGACGAGCACACGCACAAUACGCCUUGUUCGGAACUGCAAGCCUGCAACCCAGCCUCCCCCAAAACCACGCCGCGCGGUCUCCGGUAGCGCUCCACCGGCGAGCUCAGAUCAGAAAUCCUCUCCCCUCUCCUCGUGACUCGUGAGCCCGCAAAAAGGAAGGGAGCGCGGCGGGGUCGGGAUGGCCGGCGGCGAGUGCAAGAGCAACGACUACGGCGCCGCCGCCUACUGGGACGCCCGCUACUCCUCCUCCUCCGCAGGUUCCCCCGCUUCCGGCGGCGGCGGCGAGUUCUUCGACUGGUACCAGACGUACUCAGCGCUGCGCCCGCUCCUGCGCGCCUGCUUACCCGCCUCCUCCCGCGUCCUCAUGCUCGGCUGCGGCAACUCCCUUUUGUCAGAGGGUAUGGCGAAGGAUGGUUAUGAGGACAUUGUAAACAUAGACAUUUCGUCUGUGGUCAUCGAGCAGAUGAGAGAGAAACACAAGGAGAUUCCACAGCUAACAUAUAUGCAGAUGGAUGUUAGGGACAUGAGUUUCUUUGGUGACGAAUCGUUUGAUUGUGUCCUUGAUAAAGGAACCCUGGAUGCUAUGAUGUGUGCUGAUGAUGCUCCUGAUGGUGCUUCCAAAAUGCUAGCAGAAGUGGCAAGGCUUCUUAGGCCUCGUGGGAUCUACUUAUUGGUAACAUAUGGUGCUCCUAAGGAACGAGUCCCACUUCUGAACCAGGCUGGGUGCAGCUGGAGUAUUGCACUUUACAUUAUGCCAACACCUGGAUACCAAUUGAAAAUGAGCAAAGGUGCUCCACAGCCUACCAUGGAGGAACUUGCACUCACAGAGGAUGGUCCACCUGACUAUGUUCUCAAAGAUCCAGACUCGCAUUUCAUUUACGUUUGUCACAAGUUGGCAGUGGAAGAGGCUAAUUGCAGAGAUAUUGAUCCAGAGGAAACAGCAAAUGCUAAUUAAUUUCUUUGCAUCUUUUAAUUUCCAUCUUGUUUGUUGCUGCUGGAGUUCAUUGUUGUAGUGGCAUAGCCAGCCCUCAUAAUUUGUAAUUUUGUAUGAUGCGUUUACCCUUGAGAAAAUACAUUACACCCCUUCCACGUGAAUGGACUACCAAAUCCAUACUAAGUAUUUGCUCUCAAAAUUUGGAAGAUUUAA